CAAUGAACGGGCGUGGUCAUAUCGACGUGCACCCUAGUGCCGGGAUAGUCGAAGCCCAGAUGGGCGGCAAUGAAGAGCCCGGCGCAGGAGGAUUGGACUUUCUGACGAUCCGCCACCGAGUUUUUCAUAUCGGCAAUGGCCGAAGCGAAUUCCGAGAAAUGCAAUUCGGGGCAAUAAAUUAUGGAUGCCAAUAAAUCGCCGGAUUUGCGUCGCCGGAUAUUCCGAGACCGCCGACAUCUGGAGCGUGGCCUAUCUGUUGUGGGAGCUGGCCACCAAGACCUAUCUAUUCGAUACCCAGUCGAAACGGGGCAAAGACGGUAAGGAUGAGGCCCAUCUAGCAACUGGCCUUAUCCACGGAAUAGUACGAGUAUAACAUUGAAGAAACCCACGAAGGAUUCUCGUCAAAGAGGUAAAAUCAUUUUUGCCCUGCAUGCGCAAAAAACUGGUGAUAAACAGUGCCCUAUUGGGGGAAAUUCUUUUAGUAAAAGCAAAAGCGAUGUCACUCUCUACCAUGAGCAAUACCUCAAGGACUUCUGAAAGUUUUACACUAUUCCGAAGGAGAACCCCAGCUGGUUUGUCCGAAUUUGACCAGUUCUCGAUGCUUUGGCCGUUCGCAAUCUACCGCAAUCCUGCGAGGCGUCGCAGACGCCCAGGAUCCCUCGACCCAGCGCCAUUGGGGGAGGAUCCGUCGUUAACAGAACAAGUAUAUACAGACUUUGCUACGAUGCGGAAUACCGCGAUCCCAAUAGGGAUCAAGGAAGCCCAGGAUAAAUGGCAUAACGCUGCGGACUCUGAGCUCUGUCAAUCAUAUUCGUUCUUAUAACAUAAAUAUGCCAAUAAUUCUGAUUUAAUUUAUCUUCGUUUUCACCUAGAACGUUGUUGAUGUUCAUUUAAAAAUGAACACUACACGCCUAAC